GAAACCCCAUGUACUCCUCCGACAGCUCGCAGGAGCCCCCAAAUAACGGGACCCCGGGGCCUUUUGAUGGCCCCCAGUGGCCCCACCAGGCCCCACGGGCCAUGUACCUGUCGGUGGCCGUGCUGAUGGGCCUCGUCGUGGUCUCUGCCUCGGUCGUGAACGGCCUGGUCAUCGUGGUUUCCAUCAGGUACAAGAAGCUCCGGUCGCCCCUGAACUACAUCCUGGUGAACCUGGCCGUGGCCGACCUGCUGGUGACGCUCUGCGGCAGCUCCGUCAGCCUCUCCAACAACAUCAGCGGCUUCUUCGUGUUCGGCAAACAGCUGUGUGAGCUGGAGGGCUUCAUGGUCUCCCUCACAGGCAUCGUGGGGCUGUGGUCCCUGGCCAUCCUGGCCCUGGAGAGGUACGUUGUGGUCUGCAGACCCCUGGGAGACUUUCGGUUCAAGCACCGACACGCCGUCAGCGGCUGUGCCUUCACCUGGAGCUGGUCACUGCUCUGGACAACCCCACCGCUCAUGGGCUGGAGCAGCUACGUGCCUGAAGGUCUGAGAACCUCCUGUGGGCCCAACUGGUACACAGGAGGCAGCAACAACAACAGCUACAUCCUGGCCUUGUUUGUCACCUGCUUUGUGAUGCCCCUCAGCCUGAUCCUCUUCUCCUACACCAACCUGCUGCUGACCCUGCGCGCGGCUGCGGCCCAGCAGCAGGAGUCGGACACGACGCAGCAGGCGGAGCGGGAGGUGACCCGGAUGGUGGUGGCGAUGGUGAUGGCCUUUCUCAUCUGCUGGCUGCCCUACAGCACGUUUGCACUGGUGGUGGCCACCAACAAAGACAUCACCAUCCAGCCAGCUCUGGCAUCUCUACCCUCCUACUUCUCCAAGACCGCCACGGUUUACAAUCCAAUCAUUUACGUCUUCAUGAACAAACAGUUUCAGAGCUGCCUGCUGCAAAUGGUGUGCUGUGGUCACCACCCCCGGGGGACUGGGAAAACCUCUCCAGCUGACCCCAGCCCCCGCCCCGAGGGGCUGCAGAAUAAGGUGACGCCGUCUCACCCCGUCUGAGCGCUGCCAGAUCCUGCACCAGCACCGGCUCCAGGCUCUGCCUGACCCACCCAGCCUGCUGCAGCACGGGCACAGAGCGGGCUCAGUGCUGGAGGUGAGGGGGGGCUCUCAGAGGUUCAAGUCCCCAGCAGCCCACACAGUUCUCCAAAAAGAGUCGUGAGUGUCUCCGUGCAGGAGAGGAACCAGCCCAUCGUGGGAUAAACUGCACACUUUUAUUUCACCCUUCCCUUCCAGCCCCUCACCUCGAGCAGUUGUGAGCCUUCCAAGAACAACAACAACAAAAACCCAACCCAAAAUAAAGAGUAUUAUUUUCCUCCAUGUAAAACAUCCCAAGUUGCUUGUUUGGCCCACACGGUCUGGCUGUGAUGCCACGUCCAAAGGGGUCUGAGGACAGAGCUGCACGUUCCCCAAUCCCCAACAGAACAAGUGCUGUUUGCGCUGCCCGACCUCGCUGUGAAGUUCAAGGUCAUGCUGGAAACCUGGCACAAAUCCAGCAGGCCCGUUUUAAGUGCAGACUGUGUUAAUAAACAUUAAUGAACACUAACCAGUUCAGAGGCAUCUGUUCUACUGGCUGAUGGAGUCUGACAGAAAACACAUCCCCUCCUGGCACGUCUCUCGUGGCAGGUGCCACAUACACCAUCACAACAGAGAGCAA